UGCGUGUGUCCGCUACAACACCGCACUGACGCUCUAUGUGCGCUUUACCUCAGAUUAUGCGACUUUUUACGCGUGUCUACGGUGGGACACUGAAACACGUCGGACACAGAAAGUUCCUUUAAGUUUAAGGUUUGUUCAAACUCAGCUGUGGCAUCUACACUUUCUACGUGGUAAAGGAGGAAGCAGGAUGAAGUCCAAAGGGAAAGCUGUGAGGUCAUCCAGAAGAACCUGGUCUGACCCCGAACCAGAACUAGAACCAGAUACAGAGCCUGAACCUGGGUCUAGCGAGCAGGAAGGCUCAGAGGACUCGGUCCAGCUCGAUGCCACAUGGAGGGGGUCUUUGAGGAGUGGCAGCAAACGUGGAGCAGGUGGAGGCCGGCGCCGCAGACAGCACGGGUCCAGCACCAAGGAACGCAGCAUCCGUCGACUUGAGAGCAAUGAGAGGGAACGCCAGCGCAUGCACAAACUCAACAACGCCUUCCAAGCUUUACGUGAGGCCAUCCCACAUGUGAAGACUGACAAGAAGCUGUCCAAGAUCGAAACACUGACCCUGGCUAAGAAUUACAUCAAAGCCCUGACCACCAUCGUCCUGGACAUGUCAGGGGCCUGCCUGCCUGCCGGUGGGGCCCCGUCAGAGGAGAGUACCGCUAAACUACUCCAGUGCUACCAGCAGCACCUGGAGGAGGAGGGGGAGGAUGGUCUGACCCAGUACCUCACCCACGUGCACAGCUUCAGCCAGCGUAGCUAACAAGACGUUUUGGAGACCAGGCCUUGUGACUGUCCUGGUCUCCAAGGCAGAAGGAGGAGCGGGGGAGGGGGUUAAGGGCCAAAUCUUUAAAAAUAUACUAUUCCAACUGCUCUGAGAUCUGGUCAGAGGUGUGGGUCCAGAUCCAGAUGGACUUCACACAUAAACCCAGCUGAUCUUAACAUGUUGGCACCCAUUACUAUGGAAGGAAAUACAGGUGGACCAUUCACACAGCAGACAAAGACUGCAGAUGGGACAGUAAGCUCUACAUGGAUAAUGAUUUAACAGACUGAAAAGACUCGAGUUAAUUCUUUUUUUUUUGUUCAAAGGGCUAAUCAUUUGGCCACCGUUUCCUUUAUUUCUCUUCGUCUACGCUCCAAACCGGGGAAGGGACUUGUUCUCUUUUGUGUUAUCUUGUGAUCUCUGUGUGUUUUCUGUUGAGAAACCUGCUAAACGUACCCUCUAGUCAUAACUGUCAUGUCCUGGAAGGAAAGAAAAGACAAGCAGCAGGCCUAAUAAUUGAAAUGUUGAAGCGAGUGUGUGAAGUGUUUGUCAUUCCAGCAAUCAUACACCAAACUGAGAAGACUGCUUAUUAUCAGUCCUGAAUGUGGUUUAACCCUUACAGCCCCAGAUAAUGCUUUCAAUGUGUCAUUUGUUUUUGUUGAGUGAAAGAAGACAAUCUAUUUGAGGUGGCAUUAUGAAUAAAUACACUUAUUUAUUGAUGAAGACUGCCAUUUUACCAUGCACAACACUGGAAAUGUACCCCACACUGUUAACAGUACAGAUGUGUUACACAGUUCAGUACAGCAUUGAAGAUAUUCACACAAAAUACACACCCAUCUUUGAACAAGUCAAACAUUUACAAACAUGUCAUCCCUUUUUUUUUUUUUUUUUAAAGCACAUCAUUGUGUUGGUGCAGUUAGGCAGCCUAUUGCACAUUAAUGCCCCAAAGGAUGGAAUUAACCAGUGUAUGAUUCUGUAUUAUUUCAUGAAGGAAUACUUAUUACACUUUUUGUCAAUUAUGGAAGCAAUAUUCUAUCAUACGAUUGUUGCAACAAAAACUAUUUUUGUUUUUGGAAUACUAACAUCCUUUUUAUAACAAAAAUAGAGUUGCUCAGUCAUUCUACUACCAUUGGCCUAAAGGAAGUGGAUGCCAUGCAAAUGCAAACAUUCUCCUGAGAAAGAGGAAGGCUCAAUUUACACAUUUCAAUCACAAGUAAGUGGUCCACACCUUUCCCAUUUUUAUAAAGCAGACUAUUGCACAUAGUCAUGACAACAACGUACAGUAAUAACGCCAUGUUCACAGAGUAACAUCAAGAUCUUUGCACAACUUCAGCAGGUUGUUUGUAUGAGAAAAGGAGCAAUCAUCAAUGUUAAAUUUCUAACCUUGUACAGUUAGAACUUUUCUGUGCAGGUUGCUCUAUCUGCUUUUGAUUCCAUUAAAUGUUUCAUGUUCCAUUAAAACAAACUAAAAUCUGUCUUUAUCACACCAAGCUGUGGUGUUUUUUUCAUUGCCUGUCCAAACUAGGCUGACUGAACCUUUCCCCAAUUGGGAUUUUUGGCAGGAUUGUGAUACACAACAAACCCAAGUGUUAUGUGUAACACAAAGAUAAUAUGUAAAUCUUUAAUAGUUAUACAGCAGGUUGAACUGGGAAUGAUUUAUCCAGUGUUAUGUAUUUUCUUGUUUUACAUAUCUUAACCUGUUACCAGCAGGAUAAAAUUAAUUAUUUCUUAAAUGUACAGUAAGAUUGUGGUCACUCAGCACUACAGCUGGUAGUACAGCAGCUCAACCACUGUCAUUAAACUACACUGUGUUAAAUGAAAUGUUAAUGUUUUUCCACCUUUAAAAAUAUCAUAAAAUAUCUCUUUAAAAAAAAGUCACCCUUCCACCUUCACUUACAUGUGAUUCUGUAAAUAAAGACACCAUACAAAUCAGCAGAGACAUCACACUGUGAUGAAUAAAUAAAGAAAACAAAAAGAUGUGAUAUCAAAAUUCACAAAAAAAGACUAAGA